AUCUUUGCGCUCGGGCCCCUUGGUCUCGCCUCGCGGAUCGUUCGCAAGUUCGCUUCGGAGAAGGAUGAGAAGACGCGGGCGGUCUACGAGGCGAACCACCCCAAGGGCACCGCCGAGGACAACAGCAAUCGCGGGCCGCUUUUGUACGACGUGGCCGGCUACAUCGUCUCGCGCCAGCCCGAGACCUUCAUCGUUGAGGAGGUAGUCGGCCUGGCGACUGGGGAGAGGCGUCCAGCGUUGGACAAGCUCAUCAAAAUGCUCAGGGACGUGACGUGCAGAAACAGGCGCGUCUACCACGUGGAGUGGAAGGAGAUCAACGCCGAGGAGAUCGGAGGAGUCCCCCAGAACCGCCCGAGGCCUUACAUAUGUGGCAUUGAUCGCUCGCUGGCCGUCGGCGGCCCUGACAACGUCAAGUUCGAUUGGCCAGAACCCAUCCCGCGCCCAAAGCUGAGCGACUUCCUCAAACCGAACAGCGCUCCGAAGUGGACCCCCAGCUCGCAGACCCAGCAAGCCAACCUCGUCCGGCUGUGGGAGCUGGCCCAGGAGGAGACUGGCAAGAAUCCCAAGUCUACGAUGUUCGCGUUCGACAUUUCCGCCAGCGAGCAGUUCGCCAAGGGCUGCAUGAAGGAGCGGUGCCCUGCCAUCACGCGUUCUCGCGCUAGCGGAGGCGGCUACUACUUGUCAGCGCGGCAGCGCAUGACGACGGCAAAGGAUCUCACCAAGCUCCAAGGCUUCCCUACGAACAUGAAGCGCGCAACCGCCACGGACAGGCAGUUCGCCACGAUGGUGGGCAAUGCUAUGACGGUGCCCGUGCUGAGCCGGAUCCAACGGAUGGUUCUGGAAGCAGCUGGCUACAUCAAGUAG